AUGGCGGACGUCGGCUUCGGGCGCGUGCUGCUCGACGGCCCCUACGGCCUGUGCCGGUUCGAGCUCGCGCUGCCGGCGCUGCUGAACUCGCGGUGGACGCUGGCGGCGCUGCGGCUCGCCGAGACGCUGCGCAGGCUCGUCAGGGGCUACGAGGCUCGCCUCGACCCGCAGGGCGUCGUCCAGAGCGACUACGACUGCAGACAGCUGCCUGGCGCGACGGUGAAUUGGGACGAACGACACCCGGGAAUACGCGGAGCUGCUGCUGGCUGGGAAGACCGAGUAUGGUGGCAGCAACACGACGACGAAGUUUGUGUGGGGGUCACAGUUCGACAACAAGCUCGGGGACGAGUGCCUGAUGGGCUUCGGCGUGAUGCUGAUGGAGAAGCUCAGAAUGGCGCAGAUGAUGAAGAGCGAGGAGUAUGCCCGGUUCGCCUACGGUAUCGGCGUGAUCUUCGUCCACCUGGAGCACUCUAG